GAAAAAUCAGUGACAUUGGCCUUGAAACCUGUUAUUGUCUCGCCUCUAGGACAGGCAGCUCGAAAUGAGCUCGCCGGUUGCCAUGGUUACUUCCCCAGAGAUGCUAGCGCACAUGUUUAUCUCUGGCCAGCGUGUGUGCCCAAGUCGCUCGGUGCGGGGGCAGGCGAUCCUGAACAGAUGUGAGAACUCGUCUAGAGUGAAGCGGUUAAAGAGCUCGACUCCCAUAGCAGCGAAACAUGUCAAUUGAUGCUGCUUUCACCUGAAUGCGUUACCUAUGCCGUUUCUGUGAAAAUUAGCCGAAGGUAACGAGGACGGCGCCCACCCGUGUGGUAAGAUGCGCUCUGUCAACACGGCGUGUGAUUCAGCUACAGAGCGGGUGUGCGGGUGCUGACGUAUGCAGCCCAAAAUAAGCCACGUAUAAAAGGAAGAGAUGCAAUGACCGCAGUCAGCUCCUGCUGCCAUUGAGCGCGGGGCUGCGUCGCUGUCUGGAGGCAAUAUAUGUCAGAUGUCAGAGUGUGUAAGUCACAGGGUUGACCAAGCACAAACCCGUAGCCUCUGGUGCUUUCAAAGACGCAAAUACUUUUGCAAUGCGGGGAGAUAAUCAUGACGAGAUGAAAGACUUCCAUUUAGCCGGGGAUGGGAAGGAGAAUGCUUUUGAUUUGAAUGUUUUAUGUAUGAGCUCUCCCGCUGUUUAGCCUGGAUUUCAUUGAGUAGUUGGGCACUAUAGUAUAUUCGGCAAAAUAAGAGGAAUGCAUUUUUAUGCAGUGGUUGAAAAACACAAGCCCGCUGCCGUGCAGGGGCCUGAAACUGCGUAAAGAAAUGCCCUUCUGUUUCUCUCUGUCCCCCAGCUUACUUUGUAGAGAAGUACCUGUGAGGUUAGCAUUAGAGUCACCCUCCUAAAAAUAGGAGCUUGCUUGCUGCAUGGCAGGUCCUCCCACAGGAAAAACAGACCUGUCCUGCUGUGGCCCAGCUCUUUACUGCUGCCCUAAUUCAUCCUCACACAUGACGUCAUAGAAUCCUGUACCCCCCUCACACACAUACACAUCCCUCUUUUCCCACAGAGCUUUAACAAGUUCUGUGUUCUCUGUACCCGUCUCGUCUUAAUGCACCACAUACUCCAUCUUAUGACCACCCUCUUCAAAAUGCUAACAAACCUCCAUCAGCCCCUCAGAGGUGUUGUCAACCCUGUACCCGCCUCGUAGCAGCCAUUCUGAACAGAGAUGACGCUGAUAACGGAGCGAUCGAAAACGGCUUGCACUCUGGUCAGCUAGUAUCGUGUCGUUUUGGUGCCAGGUGGGUGAUUCACUGCAGAUGCCGCGUGAUGUAGCAGGCCAGCUAAAGUGGGCAAGGUUGGCUUCAGCCUCAGCCUCUGUGCCCAGGCGGUGUCGUUGUGGAGCCAGAGAGGCAUCAGCAUUACACGCUUCCUUGGUUCAUCCCCAUGGACGCGGGCGACUAAUUGCACAAACUGUGCCAGAGCAGAUGAGGAGUGAUUUGGCGCUGAUGGGAAGGGCUAAUACAGGCAGGCUGGAGAUCCCACUAGCUGGAGUCAUGCAGUCCUUCAGAGAGCGGAGUGGUUUCCAAGGCAACCAGCACUGCUACCAGCAGGAACCCCAAGAAUUAUCGCGCCUUGAAAGUUACAGACAUCAUCACAGCCAGUCCAGGCAGAGCUACGAGGCACACUCUCUGCCUGCUGCAGGGAUGUCCACAGCGGGAGCAGUUUCUAAAGACUGUUAUGGGCCGCAGACCUAUCCUGUCUACACCAGCACCAGUGUUACUCAGACUAAAAAACCUUAUAGAGGAGUGAAAACUCCAAACCAGCACCUGCAGACUGGCUAUAGCAAUCACAUGGGCCCUGUUUACACAGCCCAGUAUAUGAGUGAAGGUCACUUGCAGCAAAAAUGGGAUGAGUCAGCUCAGAUGACCCAGUAUGAGCAGGACGUGGUGGGACGACUGGAGUCCGGGGGCAGUGGGUCAUCACAGUACCUAGAACAAAACAUGCUAGCUAUCUCUCAGAGCCAGUGCCAUCUCCCCUCACAGUCUUCUGCCCCUGUCUAUACAAGCCCACAUCAACAAGGCAUUCCAUCUAAUCCUGCACCAACUCCUUUAAUGUAUCCACAGAGCCACCUCCAUUUUCCUCAGCAACCUUCUUCCUCUUCUUCAUCAUCUUCGUAUAUAGAGAAAUGUAACCCUGUACAACAUAGCUACAAAGGCUAUGGUAUACCACCCAAUGCCCAGUAUUCAAGACAACUUGGUAAUCACAGCAAUUUAAAGCAGAGUGGAUAUAGGCCACAGAAUAAUUAUGCUUACCAGCAGACACCCUCAAGAUCUGGAUUCGAACAGGGCUCCCUGCAAGGGAUGUCUGGUUCACAGGAGAAUGUUCAGAAAUUCCAGCACUUCAAUCAGCCACAGCAAAACUACUGUAUAACAGAUAUUUCCGUAAGAUCUCCGGAACAAUACUACCAGACCUGCAGUCCAAGUUCUAGUCAUUCCCCUGCAAGGUCUGUGGGAAGAUCACCCUCAUACAAUUCCACACCAUCCCCUCUAAUGCCAAACCCUGAUUCAUUCCAGUAUGGUCAACCUCCCAUUAACACUGGGGCUUCCUCAUCCACAGGUCUGCAAGACCAAAACAUGCUUAUGCCCCCCCAUACCCAUGCAUCACCCAGUGGGAAUCACCAGUCGCAGAGCUUUUCCAGCUCCAUGAAAGAGCGUUUCUCUGAAAAGCUUCUUUCCAACCCAAGUUUGUGGAGCCUCAAUGCCCUGACAUCUCAGGUUGAGAACAUCUCCAACAAUGUCCAGCAUCUUCUUCUUUCUGAGGCCCUUAUGGCUAACAAAAAGUCUAGCAAACGAAACCAUCCAAAAAAGGGAGAAGACUAUCGGGGCCAGUUAAAGGGUAUAGAAGAUUCGUCUUGUCCUGAUAACCAACAUGGUCCUCCUCCUUCUGAUGCGUACAGCAUUCCUAGAUCCAUGACAGCAGAAUUACAGGAAGGAGGAUACUCCAGCAGCACCGAGGAGCAGAUAGACAGAAGCUUUUACUAUUUUGGUCAGGACAAAGGUCAAGCACACACCCAGACACACUCACGACAGAGCCUUGAUACAGUGUCUUCCUGCUCCUUAAACUCAGCCGAUGAUAUAUCUGUCAGGUCUGGUGACUCCGUGCGAAGUCUUCAGAGUGUAGCCUCUGAGGAUAAUCUCAAUUGUGACCCCAGAUUACAGAGAGUAUUGCCUGGAGAGGAGCCCAACAGCUCUCUUGGGUGCAUUAGAGAUGAGAGGUCUCCCAUCAGUGCCCCGAGUCCUAUGAAACAGGAGAGUAAUUCACCACCAGAUAUAAAGCGUUCAGAGAGCACUCUUAAGGAGAACUUUGAGGAGUCAGCAUGGACUGAAAGGAUGGUUGAUGAGGAGGAAAUUGGACAAAGAAAGCUGUUUUCAGAGUAUGAGUGCAAAGGAGAGGUCACUGAAAAGCCACAGAAGUGGUUGGAGGAUAAGAAAAGCCCUUCUCUUUUUCAUAAAAUAAAUAAAGCAGUAUUAGAAGAAGGUUUCCCGUAUGAAGCUGAAAUAAAUGAUUACCAAGGGCUACAUAACAAAUUUGAUUCAGAUAAAGUGGACUCAGCACAGAUGGAUUGUUUUUCUGACCUUAAUCACAAAGGAAAUGAAGGCACAGAAAUAAAAUUUGAAAAAUUUAAAUCAGAACCGCAACCCAAUGUAGAAACAUCACCACCAGGCAGUUCAGCCACUGAUCUGUAUUUGUCAGAUAAACAGAAAAACUCAAAGGAAGAAAAUUCAGUUGAGAGCCUCACAUGCACUGAAGGACCAAUGGACACCCCUGAGGAGCAGCCGCCUAUCUUCUCCCAUAAUUCCACUGAUGUGAGAGAUGAAAAGGAAAGUCUGACAACCUCAGAGGAGGUCCUUAAUAAUAGAGCAAGACCACAAGAAUCCUUCGCAGAAGUCUGCAGUACAUUUGAAGAGAUGGGGAACAUGCCACAAGUCAACACAGAAACUGCACAAAGCUUUGCCCCUGACUCACCACACAGAGGCAGUAAAAUGAGGUCAGCUUUAUGUGACAUUGCACCUCAGCUUCACACUGGCAAUGGUGGCUUCUCGGCUCUCAAUGAGAAAACAACACCUCUGGCUUCGGCUAGGGAUCAUCACAUCGAUCGCAGUGAUGCAAAGGUAUUGGAGCCUGACUCUCCUCAGUUGCCGGGCAAGUCAAUACUGCACUCCGCACCAUCCUGGGCUGACACCCCACCAUCCCCCAAGAAGGGAGAUGAAGAUAUGGAACCAGGUUUAAGCUGUCCCAGUGCAGUGACUCCAUCAGCCAAACUAGAUCCUUUGGCCCCAUCGGCACAUACAAGGAUGUUUGGUAAAAAGCAUGCACGGGGCAGGAGGAGAAUAAUGCAUUCAAGUGUGGGGAUCAGAAGGCAGCUAAGUGUAGAAGCAGACAGUGCUCCACCUUCUGCCAAAAAUCCCAGUAUGCCCUCCAGCAAAAGUGCCCUUAUUCCUGAUCAGGUGGAAACUGCCCAUCAGGAUAUCAGCAGUCAAACACCAAAACGUGUGACAGAUGGUCUACAAUCACGAAUGUGCACUCGCUCUUAUGGUUCACAAAGCAGCCAAAAGGUUUGCCCUCAAGAAAGAAGAAAACCAGGUCCCAAGCCGGGCUCAAAGCCUGGUCUAAAGCCAGGUUCAAAACAAGGUGCAAAGCCAGGCCCAAAACCUGGUGCAAAGUCUAGUUUAAAACCAGCUCCAAAAUCAGGUCUUAAACCUGGACCAAAGCCUGGUCCAAAAUCUAGUUCAAAAACUGUUCCCAAACCAGGCUCAAAACCUGAAAUAAUGUCCAUUGUAAAACCUGGUCCCAAACCAGGCCCCAAAUCCACAGAAGUUACAAAACUUGGUCCAAAACCUGGUUUAAAGGCCGGCCUGAAACCUGGUCCAAAACCUAGUUCCAAACUUGCUAUAAAGCCAGGGGCUUUACUGGGAGAAAAACCUAUUUCAAAGCCAUGUCAAACCACCACAGAGCUGACUGAGGGGUCAAUGCCUAAAGGCCCUGGUCGACCAAAAGGCCUCACCUCAAAGAUAAAAUCAAUGAAACAAGAUGACAAUGUUCCAUUGAUAACUGACCAUACCAAGGACACAAGAAGUACAAGUGAACUUAUUCAGGAAAAUGUGACCACUACAUUAACUUUGGGCACAGUUGUUGACUUUGUGGACACCUCUACAAUUGAAAUUGUGGGUUCCACUUUAGAAUCUUCUCUAGAUAGCAAGUCUUCAGCAAAAGACCAAAAGUCCAUGGUGCUGAGAUCAAGGAAACAAGCAAAAGAAAAAUUGAUUGAAGAGAAAGAAAAAGAGAAUGACAAACCAACUGAGCUAACUUCAGCAAAUCUCAUGGAUACAAAAAUACAGGAUGUUACUGUGGAUCAACCAUGUGGGAUUGAUACUUCCAAUAUUGAGUUACCUAAGCAGGUAGAGCUCUCUACAGAUUCACUGCAACAUUCUAAUGAAGAGAUUAUUUCUAACAAAAGGAAAUACAGCUUACAGUCCUCAGACCCCCCAAAAAGAAAGAAAGGUUUGAAAGAGAGUCAAACAAAGAUACUGGGGCCUCCAUCAGAAACAGUCACAGGAGUCUGCAUUCCAAAGCCAAAGCGAAAAAGAGGCCAAGAUUUGCAAGCAGAAUCUGCAAUCAACACUUUGACCACAGAUAUCCCUCCCACUGAUGAAAUUGGUGACAUGCCUUCUGUACCUACUCAGUGUCCUACUAAAACAAAAUAUUUGCCACCUCGAAAAGGCAGGGGGCUAAAAUAUGAGGCAAUGGUUCAAAAAAUCACAUCCCCAGGAUCUAAAAAACAAUCUCUAAAUAUCCAACCAGAUAUUGUGCCUGAAGAAUCAACAUCAAAACCAGGACCACAGGUACCAGAGCAGGGGAUAGUGAAAACCCCUGAGGUAGCUCACAAAGAAGCCGAGAGCACAAUGAGCACACACGAGAGCCAAAACAUAACAGGAAUUCAAACUCCUAGAAAGAAGAGGCGGAAGUGGGGCAUUGUUGAGAGCAAUGAUGCACCAGAUGUAGCCCUGGAGGCUGGGAGCCUUGUUAUCAACACACCUAGGCUAGCCAAACAGAGAGCCAUUAAAAACAACCAUGAGAUGCAUCUGAAACAACGUAAAAGGAGAAAAAAGGGGACGGAGCCACCAGAUAGCAUACCUGCUGAGGAGCAACAGGAGCCUGUCCAGACUGAUAUUCUGCCACCCCCUCCAUCCACCUCCUCUUUUCCAGAAACAGUUGAACAAACACAGUAUGAGAAGCCACCAACAGAAUUAUGCCCGCCAUUAACAAAACCCAAAAGAGGCAGGCGGCCAUCACUCAAAAAGAAACAAGAGGAUGCCUCAAUACACAUUGGAGAUGACAAAGUAAAAGAGAAAAAAAAGCCUGGAUCCAAAAAAAAGAUUCAAAAGAGUCUUAAUGUCCUCAGAGUUGUAGUGAAAAGACCCAAGCAAAAGACUAAAUGCAGCAUGGAUCUCCCUCCAACAGUGAAGGGAGGAUUAUCAGACUUGCAUCCAACACAGAGCGAUGGCAAAGGCUCUUUCAGGCCGUACGUGCACAUUGACAGCUCUUUGGAUCUAGCGUCACUUUGUACAAUCGUCAACAGGCAUGAGGAAGAGCAGCUGCUCACCCGGGCAAGAAAAAAGAGCGCAGCUAAAACAAAAAAUCUAGUCACAGUUACCGAGACAAUAUCAGACUCCUCAAUAAUGCUCCAGGGGCCCAUAGUUAACAAAAGUCUAACUGACAGGUGUCUUACAUGCUGCCUAUGCAGAAAGCCAGCAAAUUACAGAGAGCUUGGAGACUUGUGUGGCCCUUAUUAUCCUGAGGACCAUAUACCACGAAAAAACCUGUCUUUAACAUACAGAAAUGACUUCAGGCAAAGCGGUGACAGUGCACAAGAGAAGAAGGUCAGGUGUAGUUCAGACAGCAUGAACUCACAGAGCGCUUGUGAAAACGCACAUCUGGAGGGGACAAACGAAGGAGGUUGCGGGCAUCCCAGAAGGGGGAAAAGGGCUAAUAGGGAACAGUUAAGAACCCGCCCCACCUUGCGGAUGAGGUUCAAAAAACUGCUACUGCUGCAGAGCAGGCUUGGUGAAGCUACUCCCCCUGCUGGUGAGGAGGGAACUGGAACUAUGCUCCAAAGACUGCAGAUGGAGGCAGAGGCUAAAGAGCACUGGGCUCAUGAAAAUUGUACGGUCUGGACCAGAGGAACAGUUUUGGUAGCAGGCAAACUUUUGGGGCUGAAGGAAGCUGCUGAGAGUGCUGAAUAUGCAAAAUGCUCUCGGUGCCAGAUUGAGGGAGCGUCCAUAUGCUGCAGCUGGAAGAGCUGUACUCUGAGGUACCAUUAUGUCUGCGCCAAAGAGAUGGGCUGCACAUUUUAUGAGGAGACCUUCUCCAUCAGGUGUCCAAAACACAAGGUAGUUUAAUACACAGACACACGAGGACUGAUGACGAGGACAUGAGACUUCCUGUGAGCUGCUGCGGACGCCACAGACGGACAAAAAAGAAACUGGGGCUUCAUGUGAAGCACAAAGGUACUGUAGCAAUACUGACCCAGGAUCAGAUCAUCCGGCCCGAUCCAAACACAUCAUUCAUGGUGAAAAGCUGAAAAAGGGAAAAACACUUUUGCUGUGGAUCAGUAUGUGCCAUUCUUCCAUUUUUCCCCAUUUUUUGGAAGGGAUGCUAUCAGUCGGGGACACCUGGUGGCAGAUUUGGCCAGCUGCCCUAAACUCUGGCUGGCACAGUCGUAUUCCCGCUGUUGAAGGGAAUUGAAAUUUGAAGAUGUCAUGCAUCAUGCACUCACUGGAUGUGUUUCAAUGGACACUUACAUGUUACAAAGAAAAAACGAAACUGUUCAUGGUGUGCUUUACAGGUCUAAAUAUAAAUGCAUUAUUUUAAUAUACUCUGAGAUGUAGGCUUAUUUUCGUGUGCAUUUGAAGAUAAAACUUGACAUGUCCAGCUGUGCGUUCAGAGGUGAAAAUAAAUAUCCCGUGUUCAUAAUAAAAUGUGUAUGAGCUCUUCAGCGUUAAUUAAAGGGAUAGUUCACCCAAAAAUGAUUUUUUUGGUCUUAUUAUUGCUCCUCGUGUCAUUCCAAACCCUGAUUCUCGUUCUACCUUUCAUGACAGAUAUUAUCUUAACAUAAAAACAUACAGCCUUGAUCUGAAUAUGCUCAAAAACAGGCCAACAACAAAUAAAGUAUAGCAGCUGAUUCAUAUUGACUACUUUUAUAGCUUAACGGUCCCGGUCCCUAUUCACUGUACUGAAAAGAGCAGCUUGGACAUUCAGCUAAAACCUUCAACUGAACAAAAUCUAUGGGUUGGGAAAGACAUGAGGUUAAGUAAAUGAUGACAGAAUUUGCAUUUUUGGUUUAACUGAGGCUGUGAAAUCACGAACAGGCGAAAUCCACAUUUCUGUUCAUGUAAAAGCGAUGCAGAAGAUUAACACUAAAUACUUAAAAUAAGAAGUCACAGUCAUUUAAUCAGAGAUAUGUAUGUGACUAACAUAUAGCCACCAUUUCAUCGCAGUAUUACAUGCAAGACCGCACAUAAUGAUGACAACACCAUCGCGUAAUUAUUUGAUUUUUAAAUCUAAGUACUUGUGUAUAUAAGUAUUUGCUGCUGUUUAAAUGUAAGAUGUGAUGUACUAUUAUAAUUGUGUAUAGUAUUUCUUAGAGAUGUUUAUUUUCUAUAAAACAAAUAUGUUAUUGCUUACAAAAGUUAUUAAAACGACGAAU